AUGAAUCGCCAAGGGCCUAUCCUUCCACUCCUUCGGGGAACCACCACAUUUGAAUCUGCCGUGGAGCAGGAAGAGGACAUGCUUCUUGGCCUAGACUAUCCCGAGCAGCGGAUAGACUUCUUCGUGGGGGGGGGGGUGAAUGAGUGGGUACAUGGCAGCUUCAAUUCCCUGGCAAAGCGGGCCCUCAUUAGGUUCCCCUUACCAUACAAGGUAGGGGAAACCACGUACCCCGGCAACGCGGAUGACAAAAUCCGCUGUGAAGCUGCAACUUUCAUUUGGUUGCAGGAUAAUUGUCCGGACAUCUCGAUACCUCAGUUGUGGGGAUUUGGACUUGUUGGUGGGCACAGUUUUACAAGGCCUGAGAAUACUCCAUUGAUAGUUAGGAUCCCCUGGUACAUCAAGCGCUCUGUCUCAUGGCUCUUUGGGUGGACCCUUCCCAGUCCCUAUGUCUGUCAUCGCCAUUCAACUAUCCUGGAAAACGGAUAUUUGGUCAUGGACUACGUUGGCAGUCCAGAGGCACAAAUGCUAUCUGAGACAUGGGAUGAAAACCGUAACGACCAAGACAAAAGAGCCAAUCUUUUCAGGGGUCUAUCUCAAAUUAUGCUCUCUUUGAGUCGGACACCACUACCGUGUAUCGGAUCUUGGACGCUAGACUUUGAUGGAGUACUGCGGCUUUCUAACCGUCCUCUCACUCUCCGGCUCCAUCAGUUAGAAAAUGGGGGAGUACCAACCAACAUCAGUCGAGGGAUGACUUAUACAACCGCGGAUUCAUACUAUCUUGAUCUGCUAUCGUGCCAUGAUAAUCGAUUACGAUAUCAACCCAACUCCUUAAAUGAUGAGGAAGAUGGCCGAGCCCAGAUGGCAAGUUUGGCUAUUAUGCGAGCACUACUGCCACAGUUCACUGACAGACAACUUCGCCAAGGACCUUACUUGUAUCAAUUUACAGAUAUGCAUCCAAGUAACAUUUUUGUUGAUAGCCAGUGGCAUGUCAAAUGCGUGGUUGAUCUCGAGUGGGCGUGCUCUCUACCAGCAGAAACUUUGCAUCUUCCAUAUUGGUUGACUGGUCGCCCCAUAGACGAUCUAACUGGCGAGAGCCUCAACACCUUUAGUCAGACAUAUGAUGAGUUCUUGGGCGUUUUCAAAGAGGAGGAGAAAUCAUUCCCCCUCAAUGACAACAGUUGUUGGCGGACUGGAAGCUUCUGGUAUUUUCUGGCUUUGAACAGUCCAAAAGGCCUCUUCAAUCUUGUUCAUCAACAUAUCCAUCCGAUCUUUGAUUCGACCCAUCCGAUUAGCUCAGAACUCCCGCGGGUUGUUUCAAACUAUUGGGCUGCGGACAUGAAGAAAGUGAUCGAUGCUAAGAUCCGAGAUAAGGAGGAGUAUGAGAAGACGCUGCGUCAGCGGUUCGCGUACUCGACGCUCUCCCGGGUACCUCGGACAUUUGGAUCUCGUGCUGACUUCCCGUUGUAA